CGGCGAACAAACAACACAGGCAAUUUCGGAGCGAUCAAUAUUAUGACACUUUGCUGAUGUGCGUAAGUCCCCGUCACCCUCUGUGUAUGUUGGGAAUAAGUUGAGGUAUAUGCGCUCUAGUUGUCUUCCUUUCUUGAGCUCGCCUCGACGUCCUGUCGCGAAGGCAGUUUCCAGCAAGCCGACUACUAGCGACUAGCGACUAGCGAGAGGAGUUAAUUAUUUCUGGAGCAUACCAGUGAUGUAACAGACAUUAAUAUGGAUGAUGAUGUCAAGGAAAUGAUUUGGGAGAGUGAAAACAACUCUACAUUUAAAGUGCAUUGUAAAGAGACUGCACGCAAUUCCUCUUACAAUUUUCAGUUUUCUUCUUUGCAACAUAAACAUUUUGAGAUAACUGGGAUGAACUCCAUUCAUAAACCAAAUUUUGUCUCAGAAAAAUAUGAGAGAGCUAUGCCUCCAAGAGACAAAAUGAUGCUACAUCAAUCCUCUGAAUUUAUAAAAGUAAAGCAAAAUGGGAAUGGGUAUGCUGUGCUUCCUGCAAAGGGAGUAUUAUCUCAGAAACCAAGAGUACCCAGGUCUGCCCACGUGGAAGCACGAAAAUUGAGUGGAGCUUUAAAUGCUGUUUCUGGAAAACCAAAUCAUACUCUCGCAUCAGCUUAUGAAAAGUCCUUUCCGUUUAAGAACAUUGCAUGUUCAGCUUCGUUGAUUGGACCUUGUCGUCGAAGCCCUAAAAAAAUACAGAGGCGGUUUGUCAGUACAGUUGAAGAAACAGUACGUGAGGAAGAAAAGGAAAUAUACAGGCAGCUACUUCAAGUGGUGACAGGAAAAACCUUCUUAUCCACCAAGUCUACAUCCAUUUUGCCCCCACAGGUGUCUAGAUGUUUGAGUUCAAAUAACAGUAUUUCUGGGCAACCUGUUGCUUCAAGUUUGAGUUCUGUAGAGCCCAGUAGUUUGGAUACAGAAUCUUCAUGUCGAACAUCAUUUAGCUAUUUGCAGCCAUCAGGUCAAAUUUCAGAACCGCUUCUAAGCAACUCAACAAAUUACAAAGUCAUUUCUGACACACAAGGAGCAAGUAACCAGCAGCCUCCUAAAGAAAAGCUUGCUCCUAGAUCACAACAGUCUCGAGGUUCAGAUUCACCCAUUGUUCUAGAUCCUGUUAUCAAACCUCAAGAACCCGCUAGUCAACCUUUCUUUCCUGCAGAGCUUUGGAUUAAGGAACUCACCAGUUUGUUUGAUGCAAGAGCACGAGAAAGAAGGCGUCAAAUUGAAGAACAGAAGGCCCUUGCCACACAACUUCAAAAACAGAGGCUUCAAGAAUGUUCAGUACAAGACUCUAUAGAAUUGCACCUUCGUGUACCUCUUGAAAAAGAAAUACCUGUUACACUAAUUCAGAAGAAAGAGCAUGAGUCCCCUCAGCCUGAAGAAAUUGAAUUCCCUGUACUUACAGAGGUUAUGGAAAGAGAGAUUAAACGUGCUCUGUUUGGUGGGAGCCAAGAUCAAACUUUAAGUGAAGGAUACAGGCUAACAAUUACGCGAAAAGACAUCAUGACUCUUCAUAGUUUAAACUGGCUAAAUGAUGAGAUAAUUAACUUCUAUAUGAAUCUUCUAAUGGAACGAAGCAAACGGAAAGGCUUGCCAACAGUUCAUGCUUUCAAUACCUUCUUUUUUAGCAAGUUGAAAUCUGCUGGAUAUCAAGCAGUGAAGAGAUGGACAAAAAAGGUGGACGUAUUUUCAAUGAAUAUUUUAUUGGUGCCUAUUCACCUUGGAGUACACUGGUGUUUAGCAGUUGUAGACUUCAGAAAAAAGUCCAUAACGUACUUUGAUUCAAUGGGUGGAUUAAACAAUGAAGCCUGCAGAAUCUUGCUACUAUACCUGAAACAGGAAAGUGCUGACAAAAAAGGAGUUAGUUUUGACUCAAAUGGUUGGACCCUUACCAGCAAGACAAGCCAGCAAAUUCCACAACAAAUGAAUGGCAGUGAUUGUGGAAUGUUUGCCUGCAAGUAUGCAGAAUAUAUCACCAAAGAUAAGCCUAUCACCUUUACACAGCAUCAUAUGCCCUAUUUCAGAAAGAGAAUGGUUUGGGAGAUCCUUCAUCAGAAAUUGCUUUGACAUUUAUUUGGAGGGACUUUGGAAGCUUCGCCAUUUUGGUGGUUACAGCUUUGGCAAGUUUCUCAGAGCAGAACAAGGACCAAGAACUGUUGAUUUCUCUCCACGCACAGGUUUACAACUGUAAAAAUAAAUAAAUACGUAAAGCUUGUACUGUUAUGAAUACUUAUUUGUAAACAUAUUUGCCAAAUUUUCUGAUAUUUUUUUCUUUAAUGUAAAAGAAAAGAAAAAAACUCUUCAAAGAAGAACUAUUUUAUUUAUAUGACUGAUAGGGCUCAGAAGAGAAGAACAUUGAGUUCAUUUUUGAUAUAAACUGUUUGCCAUUUGACCGUUGUUUGCUGUUUGUUUUUUUUCAGAGGAAAGUUUUCAGGCUCUAUAUUAUAACCAAGGCAUUUCCUCUGAAUGUCAUUGUUUGUGU